CUCAAAUGUGAUGCAGACCUCAUGAUAUUGCGAAGGGCGCGUUCUCACGUGCUUUCCUACUGCCUAAGGGCACUCACGUGAAAGUUGCUGCCUAUAGAUCCUCGCGUAUUUAGGCGCGACUUCGUCGCGCAAAAUGGCGAGUCUCAUCAGGCAUCGAGCUUUCAAAGCAUCUCUCUCUAACUCUCCAUAUUAUAUGUUUAUGUCUUCGCGUGGAAGAGGCCGAGGUCGAGGCGCCUUUCCCCCAGGUCACCCAACAAGAAGGAAUACAACUAGUCGUGGUCUUCACCAAUCACCAAGCACAAAUAUGGCGACACCCACGCUUUCAACUCUCCAUCAUGUCACUGAGCGCAAGUUGGGGAAGCUUUCGGACCAACGCAAAAAGUUCGAAGCUGACAAGAAAUCUAUUCUUGCAAAGGUCGCAUCCGCGCCCGACCAUCGCAGCAAAGUGGAAGCUUUGCUGGACGGCUUCGAGCAGCAUGGAUUAACAGCGAAACAUCCCGAGCUCUCCAUUGCAAACCUGAAGCGCUUCAUCUAUCAAGCCAAACACGACCCUUCUGUCUCGACAACGCUCCUAUCAGAUUGGCAAUCGAAACUAGAACACGAAUUGGACGUGACAAGUGUGAAGUACGAAUACGCAGCGUUAUUUGGAAAGCUCGUCAUCGAAUGGAUCAAGCACCCCAAUCCCGCAAGCUCGGCAUCUGGUGGCAAUGCGGCAAGCAGCGAUUCAGACACCGAGAUAAGUGAAAGCUUUGACACGGUAGGCCGUAAAGAGAUGCACGAGCAACGCAAAGAGUGGGAGAGCUAUGCAUUCACAGAGCGCAAGGUGGAUCAGGACAGGAUUGAGGAGUACCUCAACGAGAUAUUCGGGAGCACACUGCAAGCAAAGAAAGUCACCAAAUCGCCUCUUCAAAAUCUUCGCGAUUCUAUGAAGCAGGUAAUGGAUUUCAAGUCAGACUUGCAGCCUGUAAAGAAAAUGAACACAAUCUAUGGUAGCGAUGCAUGGGGGACAUCCGCCUGUUCCAAGCGGUUCGAUGUCGACACCCUCAAAUCGUGCAUCAAAGGCGUCCUUCGAUCGGAUUUGCUCGCAGGCACCAAACGCGAAGCCCUCGCGGAUCUCAACAACCAGCCGGCCGUCUUGAAGGAGCUAGUCGACGUGCUGAACAUGGACCUGGAGGGACUCGAUAAGUGGGAAUGGGAUCCCUCACCUGUCCCUCUGAACAUGCGACGUCAACUCAACGGCAAGUACCGCGUGUACAUGGACGAGGAGACCCAUCAGGCUGUUCUACUUCAUUUCGUUGGUCAAACUUGGGCAGUCGCUCUCAAGCAGGCAUUUACUGCGUUCUAUCACUCUGGAGCCUGGCUGCAGUCGCCAUACCGCUCGAUGAGCAGGAAAGCCCGUCAACGCUGGGAGUACUUUGUUCCUGGACGCAUAGAAAGGCAGAAUGUUCGUAACUGCAGACGUGAGAGCUACCAAGAGGAUUACUUUAUGACACAGCUGCCGAGUAACGACUUUGAAGUCCAACGGGAUUACAAUGCCGAGGAUCAGGAUGAGAACCAGCCUGGGUCAAGCGGGUCGCCACUCGCGACGAAGCAGUCUAUGCUACGUCUUGUGACCGCUGAGCUUCUGCUCAAUACGAAGGUGUACGGCGAAUUUUUGGUUCUGCAGUCUGACUUCAAGUGGUUCGGUCCAUCGCUGCCCCACGACACGAUCUUCGCUGUGCUCAAAUUCUUCGGUGUUCCUGGCAAGUGGCUUCGCUUCUUUAAGAAGUUCCUCGAAGCGCCGGUUGCCUUUGCGCAGGAUGGUCCCGAUGCGGAAGCGCAAGUACGGAAAUGCGGCAUCCCAAUGUCGCACAUUUUAAGUGACGCACUCAGCGAAGCGGUCCUCUUCUGUCUUGACUUCGCCGUCAAUAAACGGACGCAAGGAGCCAACAUACAUCGCUUCCAUGACGACUUGUGGUUCUGGGGCCAGGAAUCUACCUGCAUCCAGGCCUGGAACGCGAUGCAGGAGUUCUCAAAGAUCAUGGGCAUGCAGCUCAAUGAAGACAAGACUGGUGCGGCUCUCAUUGUCGCGGACAAAGCUUCAUCUCGACCUCUUCCCGAUGCUUUACCGAAAGGUCCCAUUAAGUGGGGUUUCCUGAAUCUUGACGCCUCGUCUGGUCGAUGGGUCAUUGACCGCGCCCAGGUUGACGAGCACAUUGAAGAGCUACGACGCCAGCUAGGAGCUUGCCGGAGCGUAAUGGCAUGGGUGCAGGCCUGGAAUAGCUACGUCACCCGCUUCUUCUCGACUCAUUUUGGACGGCCUGCGAAUUGCUUCGGGCGCCAACAUAACGACAUGAUCAUUGAAACAUACGAGCACAUCCAGCGCAGUCUCUUCAAGGAUGCCGGAACAAUGAAUGUCACAGACUACCUGCGUGGCAUGCUCAAAGAGCGCUUCGACACUGACGACUCGGUCCCCGACGGCUUCUUUUACUUCCCAUAUGAGCUGGGUGGUCUGGGUCUACGCAAUCCGCUCAUCAACGCCUUUGCGACGUAUAGGACAUCGUUCCGCGACUCAACGGAGCGCAUCGAUCGCGCUUUUGAGCUGGAAAAGGCGGACUACGAUGGGCUUAAGGAACGCUGGGAAUCCGGGGAGAACCGACCCAAGCAUUCGAAGCACUCGCCUUUGCCAAAAGAUGGGAGCGGAACGGACAUGGAGGCCGACGAACCGUUCAUGAGCUUUGAAGAGUACACACGGUAUAGGGAAGAGACGUCUGUGCACUUGCGGAACGCGUACGAAAACUUGCAACAGUGUCCGCCGGAGGAGCAGGUGGAGACUUUGCCGACGAUAAAGACUGCCCUGUGCGAGCGGUCGCUUGAGCAGUCGUCGUACUGGUUGUGGAUUUACAGCUUGUAUGUCGGAGACAUGAACAAGCGUUUUGGUGGGCUGCAGCUCGGGGAGCGGGAUUUGUUGCCCGUGGGCCUGGUAGACGUGCUGAGGAGCGAAAGGGUGCGCUGGGAGGGCUAAGGUGAAGUUCGAUGCAUUAAGUCAGCGUUGUGUAAAUAAUAUACCACACUCAGAAUCUCUCUCAUAGUUUCUUAGUCAUAAUCUGCUCUCGCGUUAGCUUGUCUAUAUUGUUGCGUGUCAGGCUUGACCCAUGCCACAAGAAAUCCUAGUCU